AUGCUCCUUGGCGACUGGAGUAUCGCUGAGGUGCACUUGGACGGAUCCUCUGGCGACCCAAUGCCGGCCAUUACUUUGCUUUGCAAAGCUCCUCCGGAACUUCUGAACAUGAGACGGAUCAUAUGGCUUGCUGGAAGUGGUUCUGAAGAGGGAAGAACUUAG